AUGACGACGCCGUCUCAUCCGCGCUCGUUUGGCUCGUCGGACUACCCACCCGCCUCGUCCUCUUCCGACUACUCGCCCACUUCCACCAGCACCCCCUUUGCCACGCCUGCCACUCGCGCCACCAGUAUCGCUCCCAGCACCUUUUCGCGUUCCGGCCCUGGCAACCGACGCGCCAAGUUUUCCAUGCUCACCAGCAACGCCGCCGACGAGUCUCCCCUUCAGGCCAUCCACGCCAGUCCGACACCCACAGGCUCUCGCUCCGCUACUCCUGCCAGCAUGGACGACCAUGCCGCCUCUUCAACUGCGAAGGACGAUGCUUCCUCCUCUAACGCAAACACGUCCCUCACAUCGCGUCCAGCAGCUCGCACGAGCAUUCGUGCCCGUCCCACCGCGUCGGGUGCCUCCACCAGCACCGGCUCUCCGUUGACCGGCAUCACCACUUCCAAGUCGGCUAGUUUCGCUCCGACGGCGACAAGGUCCGGUACCACCACUGCAGCUGCAUCAUCAGCAUCCACCGCCGCAAGCCCCGCCCUGACCAAAGACGCCGAAGACUUCUUCGCCAGAGCACAAGCCAUGGGUCUCCGUCUCACCCGUGAAGACUAUGAGAGGACCAAAGCUGGUGUCGCCGCCUUUCUCAAGGCGGAGCGUCGACCUUUCACGCCCAGUGCUACCACCUCUACUGCCGCUUCUACCUCUGCGUCUUCCUCCAAUCCUAGCGACCUCAAACCAUCAUCGAGCAGCCAGAGCACAUCAGCCCCAACGACAAAGGCCUCAACUUCCGCUGAAACCUUGAUCGACGCUCCGAAGACGGCCGAUCCUAGCUCGAACGCCUCCCAAGCCCGUCUCACGGCCCCUUCACCCUUGACGCGUCCAGGCGGUCCCUCGUGGCCUCGCAACACCAGCAGCCCUGGCCUUUCCUUUUUUACUGCUGUCAUCGAGCCCCAGGACUCGCCUGGUUCGCCCAAGAUCCACCCCAGCCUCGACCAGGUUGGCAAUGCGGAAGAGAGGCGUCGUCUCAAGAUCAAAAAGCAAAAGAUGCGUCAACGGCGCGAACGCGAACGCGCCGCCCUCGCUGCUGCCAACAACGCCGCCCCCGCCUCGUCUUCAAGCAAGACAUCUUCGCACGACCUCCUUGCUACUCCGAGCUCGACCGUCGCCCAAUCCUCGCCAGAAGUGGGAUCCAGCUCCGCCUUCCGAACACCCCCAACGCGCACACACGCGAAAACUGGCAGCUGCAGUAGCACCAAGUCGGCUACCCGCGUUGGCCUCGGCCUCGACCUGCAGGGCAGCGACUCGACAACGAGCCCAGACCUCUCCACCCCUCCUGACGGCCUCUCCAGCGCCUUUUUGCAACGCAGAUCUCGCGGUCGUACCGUCUCGUUCGAGUCUUCCCCCGUCGUCCGCGUUGCCGACGAAGUGCGCGACUGUGCAUCCCUCGAGGAGCUCAGUCGCCGCGCAUGGGUCAGUCCUCGUGGAACGCUGCGGUUGCUCAGGUCGCCCAUCGAGCACGAUGCCGUCUUCUGCAGCCCUCCCGUCGAUAUCGACGACUCGGGCGUAUGCUUUGCCGUCCAUGAGCCUGCUUCCUCUGCCGUGGAGGGUCGAAGCGGCGGUCUGGCUGCGGAUGGGUGGGGCGCUGCUCAUCGAAGAACCCUGUCGGCCAGCUCCAACGGCACUGCUGCGCCCAACCACAUGGAAGGCCUGGACACCAAGAUGAGCGGACUCAGCUUUCUCGACAGGAUCAUGUCCAAGCAGACCAGUCCCAGACGGCUGUAUAAGGCGGAAAAGCGUCGCCAAAAGGAAGCCAUGCAGCGUAAAGUCGUCGAGGAGCAGGUCCAGGCAGAGCUGGCCGCACAGCAGAUGGCUGAGGAGGCAGCUCGCGCAGAGUAUGAACACAAGGAGGCGGUCAAGGCAGCCGCAGCCGCCGAUGCCAUCAAAGCAGCGAACCCGGACUACGCUUCCCUCGUGCUCAGCACCCCCAACACGGGCACCAAGACGCGCAAGUCGCCCAAUUCAGUUGUGUGUGCCACUCCGUUGGAGUCCUCCUCCGCUCGCGCGUUGCGCUGGACCACCCUCGGAGCCAGCCCAGGCAACAUGCACACGCGCAUGACCACCCGCGAGCACUACGACUUUACCAUGCACGGCAUCUCGCCCAGCCAGCCCGGCUACGAUUCACUCGACACGCUCUGCAACAUCCACUCCACACCGGGUCCCAUUACCUUCCACACCUGGGAUGCCGAGCCCUUGACGAGCUUGCGAAAGGGGACGGACGCAAACCGCUCGAGUGUGCGAGGUGGCUCGGCCAUCACGCCUGCUGCGCACUUCCUCCUGAGCACCGAAGAGCAUCGCCCGGAGCUCAUCGGCGUCAGUCCUUCCGUUGCCGGCUUCUUCCACGCGAGGCAGCCGAGUGCUCAGGCGUCGGUCAACUCUUCGCUCAUGCGCGCUUCGUCGCAGGAUGUUGCCGUGCUGUCUCCGCUUUCGGGACGCCUGGUCUCUGGUGUGGCUAGCCGCAUGAGCGACCUCGACUUUGAUGCGGAUGACGACAUUGGGGUCCACCACGAGGACGCCGCGAACCUCGGCAAGCCUUCGGCCUUCAACGCUAAGCGUGGUCUCCUCUUCUCUGUGCCCGGUGGCACAGCCCUCGACCCUCCCCCGUCGUCGUCGCUCGCCGAAGCGGUUCAGCUCGACGACGGUGCCAGCAAGGCAUUCACUCUACCCAUUUCGUCGCCUAUGCGCCUCGGCCGAUCUCUUCGAGCAGGGACGAUCGGCGACGAGAUGAUCGGUGGCAAGCUCCCCUUCGCGAGCCCUCGCAGCGCUCUCGUCCGCGCUCAGUCUGGCACUGCCAUCGACACUCGCCGCGACCGUCAGCCGUCGGGCAACAUCCGCGACUUCUUGGGUUCCGGGCCCAGCGGCAGCAGGCACAAGCGCGGACUGUCCCGCAAGAUCGACACCAUCAGCCCCGCCGAUGUGUUUGGCUCCAGCUUGCCGCGCACCGUGUCUGCGCCCAACGUCGAGACCAGACACCCGUUGCCUGAGCCGAGCAAGGGCGUCCGCGAUGCUUUAGACGCGCCUUUCGCCGAGUCUCAAGAUGAUAGCCAACUAACCUCGAUGCAGAACCGCAGCAAGAAGGGCAAGAAGGUGGCAGAGGUGCGCCGGGUCCAGAGCGACUCGCCGCCUUCGCCCAGCAAGCAGCUAACGGCAGAAAAGAGGGCCGACAACGACUCAGCGAUGCUCAUGCAACCUCCUGCCGAACUGCGGGGCGUUGCUACGAACCUAGUGAUGCCCGUCGGAAGCGGUGAGCCGGCUAUGGUACUCUUUGCCGCUGCUGCGGGUCCCGAACAGCUUGCCGCCGAUGCUGCUCAGCCUUCGUCCACGAAAAAGUCGAAGAAGGGCAAGGCGGCUGCCGGCUCUGCCUCGGACUCUGCAGUGUUCAAGGUGGUCGAGCUACCUUGCCAGGACUUCGAGCGCAUGGCUCAAGCGACUCCUUCGGUGCAGAAUGGCGACGAGAUCGGCUGGGACCAGCCCGACGGAAGCCGCCUGGUCAAGCUCGUCUCGGAGGAGCUCAAGGCGGCGCUGGAUGCCGGCACCUUGGUCGAGGAGCCCGCUGCGCGCUACUACCUGCUUCCGCCUGGAUUCGGACAGUCCAAGGCCAAGCCGAGUUCGGUGUCGUACGCCGGUCUGAUUGGUCAAGCGAUCAAGUCAUCCUCGGACAUGCGCCUCUCGCUGUCGGAGGUAUACGACUGGAUCAGCUCGACAUAUCCCUUCUUCGAAAAGGGCGACCGCGGAUGGCAGAACUCGAUCCGUCACAAUCUCAGUCUGAACAAGAGCUUCGUCAAGAUCGAACGUGAGGCCAACAUGCCGGGCAAGGGCGGUUGGUGGGGAAUCAAGCCUGGCCACGAGGACCGAUUCCAGAACGGGCUGUACAAUGCUGUUCCGCAGAAGUUCGAGGCUGCCAAGGCUCGACAGCAACAGCAGCUGCAGCAACAGCAGGGCCAAGCGAACAAGAUCACGGAUUCUCCCGAUGCAGUCGAGAGGGCACUGGGCGCGCCGGAUACCGACACGACGCUGCCAUCCUCGCAGAUGAGCGAGGGCGUGGAAGGCAGUGCCAAGAAGCGGAACAAAGCCAAGCGUAAGAAGGCGCAGGCAGGCGACGUGGCGGCAGAUAGCGGCGACGAUACGGACAAGGAGAGCGGUCGACCUCUGUCCUCGAAAAAGGCCAAGACGGCCGAUCGUCUGCCGCUCCUCGAGACGCAGCCGCAGAACGGCAGUGUUGGUGCGUUGGGAGGAGCUGCGAUGGCCAUCAACGGGCUCGACUCGAUUACUCCGGUUCGUCCACACGGGGGCUCGUCGGUGUACAGCAGCAGCCUCGCCGGCAGCAGCUACAGCAAGACGAUCCCCGGUCUCGUCGACAGCGCCAGCAGUCCUCCGAGCAGUCCGUUGACGCUGAUGCCGCCGCCGUCGAUGCAGGCGACCGCCAACCACAGCGCGAGGAAGCGCAAAUUGGCAGGUCAGGGCAACGGACAGCUGGGCUAUGGCUCUGGCUUCUCUCCUUCGCUUUAUGCCAUGCGCGGCUCGGCGCUGGGCGGUGCCUUUGCCUUUUCGAAUGGAAUGGACUCGGACACGUCACGUGGCUCACCGUUACGAAGACAGACCAAGGGAUCGACUGGCGGCGGCGACAAUGGCUCGCAGAACUCGUCGGUGACGUCGCCGAAGCGUCUGUGGUCGAUCAGCUCGCCCAUGUCGUCGUUGCGCGGGCAAAAGGGGCACGGUGAGGAAGGAAUGCGAUCGCCUACGUCGACGGCACGCGUCGCUGCUGCGUUGGCUCGCUCGCCUAUUCGAAGUAGUCCUCUGCGAAGCGGCGCUGCGGGCAUGCUUUCACCCAACUCGAGCGCCAGCCUGCAGAUGCAGCUGGCCAUGGGGGGCAGUGCGGGCCAGAUGGGCUUCAACGGCGCUGGUUUCGGUGCUGGGCUUGGCAUGGGGUCCGGUCUGGCGCCGGGUGGGACCCCUGGCUCGUUGCGGUUUGCGAGCGGCAUGUCACCGGGUCGACGCGGGUAUUCGGGGCAUGGCCAGUUGAUGGGCAUGAGCCUGGCGGGUGCUGCACCGCAAAGCAUGCAGCAGGCGUGGUACCUGGACGAUCCGUUUGAGAUGCAGGCCAACCUGGCGCAGCAGCACCAGCAGCAGCAGCAUCAGCAGAUGGUGCAGCACCACCAGAUCCACGCGCAGCCUAUGGAUGCUCACUACGCUGGAUUUAGCAACGUCGGCGAAGGGCUGCCAGCUUCGCCACUGCGACAGGCGUGGAACAGUAUCCAGGCUGCGGGCGGCAUCCAGGCGUUCACGGGUGGCCAUGGGUUCUCACAAGCCCGACAGUGA